ACUGAGGCGGGGGAGGGACGACAGCGCUGCACUCCGGCCAACGCUGCUCGGGCUCUUGUGAGGUGACGUAAAGCACUUCCGCUGGUCCUCCGCACCUUUCCGGUCGGCUAGGAAUGUGACUUCCGCGGAAUGAUACCAGCGUAUAAGUGAAUUUUGGGCGCUAAACUGCCCCGUAGUGCCAUUUCCGGCUAUUGCCGAGGUCUCCAAGGCAACGGUGGGACGCAUAGGCCUGAGACGCUCGGACCGUGUGGCUAUGAAUCGGAGGGAUAUAUAUUCCGGAGGGUGGAGUUCCCGCCCCUGAUGGCCGUUAAUACAGUUGCGUGGCCGAUGAGUAGUAUUCACGGGGCUUCUGGCUCCUUCGGUAUUGGCAGGAAGCUACUCCAGGGAUGCUCUUUGUGCAGCUGUGGGAAAAGGGGAUUGAGGGACGUCUCCCCCAAAUUAAGCUUCGUUUCAUAAAGAAAACAUGAGUUAUCCUAGUGAGUCCUACAUCAAGACGUACUUAUAGCUGAAAACAACCGCUGCUGUUUUUAUGGACCAGGGUCAUCAAUGGAGCCUCCAAGGACUGAAUCUUAGUCCCGCCCAUGUUGAGGUCUUCUUUCCAAUGUUAGAAUGGCAACUCCAUCGCCGAACCCUCCGCCAGAUCUCCCUUAUGCCGCCACCUUGUUCAUGCCCCUCCCUGGCAUCGUCUUCUUGGCCGUUGGUUCCUAUCUUCUGCUUUUGAUCCUGGUCCUGGUCCUCCGACAGUGCCUGCUGUCCCGUGGCCUUUGUGCCAACUGCUGUUCGUGCCAAAAGGGGUCUUUGCCAAGUGUGUGCGAAUGUUGUUUGGCCUGUGCAGAAUCUUGUGACUGUGCCCUCCCUUCCCCAACUCACUGUCUGGAUGACUGCUGCCGCUGCACUAACGGUUGGGAUGUGGGGACUUGCUCCACCCUCCCCAGCUGGUGUCCACUCUGUGACUGUGCCUGUGCCUACCAGCCCCCGGACUGUCAGAGCAUCAAUUGCAUUUGCUUUGAGAUCAAACUGCGAUAAGGGGCUCUCAGUCUGAGAGUUACAGGAAUUGUGUCCAUGAUUUAGGAACAUGGGAGGUGCCUUUACUCUAGUGGUGGAUCACACAUGAGGAAGUCGCCUGCCUGGCAAAAAUCAGCCUUCUUGAUGCAAAGAUUUUUGAAAGUUCUUUUGUCUUUUUCCUUCUGAUACUUUUUGGGUUUUGUAAUAUGUGUUUGUAAUUAUUGGUUUUAUAAAAGCGAUUGUGUGUUUUUUAAAAUAAAAUGAAUGAUAUAUUC